CGGAGCGCCGCCUCGCCUGCGCCUCCGUCUUCUCUCCCUCUCCAAAACCCUAGGGAAGGAGCGCGGCGAGGAGGAGGAGCCACGGGGAACGCGAUCGCCUAUGCCGCCCAUGGAGGGUAGCAUGGGCUUCUGGGGAGGAGUUGUCAAACCUGGAGAGACAGUGAAGUGCGAUCCACCUGGAGAAUUCUAUUAUCAUAUUUCACAGAUAGCACUAGAGCCUGGUGAGCUGAAUGAGAACGUGCAAGUUUUUGUUCAAGUUGAUGGUAAAAGGACUCUGCUUGGUGCACUUUCGGCUGAACAUUGUCCUCAGUUUGCAAUUGAUCUGGUGUUUGAAAAGGAGUUUGAGUUACUACAUACAUCAAAGACGUACAGCAUAUUCUUUUCUGGCUACCAAGCUGCUCCUGCAAGAAGAUCUGACUCUCCUAUCGAAGAAGGUGAUGAAUCUGAUGAGGAGGUUCCGCUUGCUAUUCCACUGUAUCCCAGUUCAAAUGAUGAUAGGAUCAAAGAACACAGUCCAAGUAAGCUUACUGCACUCAAGGCUGCUGCUGCUGCAUCCCCUAUACCAGAGGCUCUUGUAGAGGAAAGGGAAAAACAUGGGAAAUCAAAAGCUGAUGAUGAUGACAGCGAAGAAGAAAAUGGUGAUGGUUCAGGAGAGGGUGAAUCUGGUGAUGAUGAGGAUAUUAUUGAUGGACUUAAUUCGAGUGAUGAUGAUGAUGGUGAGAGUUCUGAUGAAGAAGAGACUCCUUCAAAGAAUCUUGAAGGCAAAACGAGGCCAGUGGAAACACCCUUGAAGACGCCUCCACAGAAGAAGGCAAAGCUAGCAACACCAAUUAUCGACAGCAAAGCUGGAACUGGUACUAGCAAGAAAGGUGGUUAUGUCCAUGUUGCGACCCCUCAUCCAGCAAAACAGGCAAAAAAGACACAUGCUAACAUUGACAUGCCUACGCAUUCCUCAGGCUAUGUCCAUUUUGCGACCCCUUAUCCAGUAAAACAGGCAAAGAAGACACCUGCAAACCAUGACAUGUCUAAGCAUUCCUCUGGCUAUGCCUGCAAGUCAUGCAACAAGACUUUCAACUCCACCAUGGGUCUGGAAGCUCAUUCCAAGGCUAAACACACUGCGACUUAACUGUGUUGUGAAUCAGGAGAGCCAGAGGAGCUGCUUUCUGGCCUCCACUGAAACAGCAUCAGGAUUCAGGACGAUGGUCUCUUCGGCGCAAUUUUGGGACAGUUGCUCCUAUGCAACCGUGCUGUUGUGUGCCAAGAUUCUGAAACAUGUAGAUACGACGAUUUUUUUUUUGAGAAUCGAUACGACGGUUUUUUGAUGAAUGAAUGAAUGCCAACAUGUAGAUACGACGGUUUUCUUCAUGGAUGAACGAAUGAUGCGCGGCUCAUUGUUUUGGGAACCAUCACACCUAUUUGCA